AUGGGCAAACGAAAGAGCGAACAGCACAGAGGUCACCAUGGGCGCAAGAGGAGGAGAUUGGCAGCCGAACGCGAAAACGAGGCCGCAGAGGAAGUCAAGCACAGCACCGAGCAGCAACCCGCUGAAUUAAACAUUAUCCACGAUGACUUCAUACCACUCGAUGAAGACACCGGCUUCGUAGGCCCGCCAGAGACGCGCGAGUACUUUGGCAUGCUCACCGAAGACGAACAGGAAGAGUUCAAGCGACUAGACAAUGCCCUCGAGGACGACGAUCCGAAUGUGGACCGCGACGAGCUCCUCGCCACAAUAUUCGAGGUAGCCAAGGGCAAAGAGCUUAAGCUCGCCUGUAGCCAGUCGUGCUCGAGGUUGAUGGAGCGGCUGAUCCUGCUGUCAAACACCAGGCAGAAGAAAGGCCUGUUCGAUGCCUUUGCGAACCAUUUCCCGACACUCGUCACUCACAGGUUCGGCAGUCACUGCUGUGAGCAACUGUUCUUGCAGUCGGCUCCGGUGAUCACUCGGGAGCUGACUGGAGAGGUCGAGGGCAACGACAAGGAUGCACAAGAGGAGGGCGCGGGGGAUGGUGCAGAGAAGCAGCCCUUGUUGACCAUGGAGGAGCUGUUCUUGUUGGUCUUGGACGAGCUCGAAGAGCAUUUGACAGUGUUGAUGACUGACACCUUCGGCUCACAUACCCUCCGAGUGCUCCUCACUGUCCUUUCCGGUAGGCCACUAAGUCAGGUGGCAACCAAAAGCCUACUUCAGAGCAAGAGAAAGGAGCAGAUUGCUUUACCAGACGGCUGGACAGCAACAGAAGAAACUGGUGACCAACCUAGAGCUGUUCCGGCAUGCUUUGAUAUGGCAGUCCGCAAGAUCAUAUCCGACGUCUUGGUCGCACUAGACCCGACCAUGCUCGCCGUGAUGGUCAAGCACCCUACUGGCAACCCAAUCCUGCAGCUGCUCCUCGAGCUCGACAUUGCGCUCAACACCAAAGCCAACAGCAAACGCAAGUCAAAAGCUCAGGAAGCGGAGGAGGCAAAGUUGGAGACGGCUGAAGAAAAGCCCAAGGAGGAUGCGGGUGGUCCACAAACCUUGCUUGAGCGCUUACUUCCGGGUGCACCGUCCACCUUGAGCGAUGAGAACUCGGAGGCGGCCAGGUUUGUCAGUGGCACAAUUUACGACUCAAUAGGAUCACGCCUGCUCGAAACGCUUGUAAGCCAUUGCCCAGGCAAGAUAUUUAAAGGCCUGUGGAGUCACAUUAUUGGCCCUCGGUUCGAGACACUCCUCCGCAACGAGACGGCGACAUAUGUGGCAAUGAAGGCCUUGGUCAGGCUCAGUCGAGAGGACCUUGCGGACGCCGUGCAAAAGACGAUACCCAAAGUGGAAAUGCUAGUGUCCAAAGGUCGCUUCAAUAUCUUGACCUUGUUGUUUGAGCGCUGCCAUGCCCGUGAAGCGUCUACAUCGGCAGAUGCUCUGCUCAAGGCUGUAACAGAGGCUUGCAGCGCAUUGGGUGGCUCACUCGUCCGCACUCUGUGUUAUCUUGAGGAUGAUGAGACCAACAAGGAAGAAACGAAAGACAAGGUCAAAAAGGUGGAAAAAGAUCAAAGCGACAAGAAAGAUAAGAAGGAUAAGAAGGACAAGAAGGACAAAAAGGAGAAGAAGGAUAGGAAGGAUAAACCGGUCGUUUCUCAAGAGAUGGAACCUCUUGCAGAUCCACCAAAGAAGAAGGAUGAUCUCAUCCGCAACGGCACCAAACUAGCAACAACCAUGAUACAAGUCGGUGGGAAACCGGCACAGGCUGUACAGGGCUCCCUCAUGUUUCUUGACCAAGAAAAGCUGCUGCACCUGGCGACAUCAUCAACCGCUACAGCCAAAUUCUUGACAGCAGCCCUAUCCGCCCCGUCCUCGAAUCCCAUCUACCACAAGAUGCUGGUAACGGCACUCAAGCCGCACGCCAUGGAGCUGGCACAUUCAUUCACCGGAUCCUUUGUGAUUAACGCCAUCGCCCUGAUUCCCUCCAAAGCAGAAGGAUUCGCCCUUCCCUUCUUCAUCAAGCAGAGCAUCGUCGAACUGCUGACCGCAGACGACGCGAGCCUACGCAGCACCCCACAGGGCAGGAAAGUAUGGGCGGCGUGGAAGGGCGAGCUGUGGGUGCGUAAGCGGGCCGAGUGGAUACGAUGGGCUAAGGAGGUCGAGCCUGAGGAGGCAAGGUGGGCAAAGACGCCGCAGCCGAGAGUCAAGGAAGAUCGUUCGGGACAAAAAGGGGAUAAAGAGGGAAAAGGUCACAAGGGUCGUCAAUUUACAGACAGAGAUGGCAAGGACAAGGACAAGAAAAGGAAAAAGCAGGAGGUGGAUGAGCGAAUAUCAGCCUAG